GCCGGUACCUGGAGACAGAGGCGGACCAGGAGGAGGAGAGACAACGGCCCACCGAUGACCUCGACUUGUGCUCGCCCGCUUGCAUCGAAGAUGUCAGGGCACCAGAGACACACGAGAGAGGCCAGCCAUCUACGACCGUUGCGCCGGCCUCGAGCGAGCCAGCCGAGAAGGGGCCCUCGCUGGCAGAGGUCGCCGAGACGGAGGAGCCUACCGCAUGGACAUCCCUGCAGUGGCAAGACGAUUUUACAGGUGCCGGUCACGAGCCCCUUAAAGGCAAGCAGUUCAACGACAUGAUCAUGGCCAAGGCGAGCGCCGGCGAGAUCUUGGACCUGUUGGACGUCUCCUUGCUGGAGUUCAGUGUGGUCAAUGCUGUAACCGCCCUGCAUCGCAUCGCCAAAGCAGAGGACGGACAUCGGUGGCGGAAAGAUCCUCGAAUUCACUACCUGAAUCGUCGCAUCACCGCAAUGUUCACGAGUUCCAAGAAGGAUGAGAUGGACAAGAAGGAAACGGGUCGUCGCGUACCCGGUGAGGAUUGGGUCUACUACAUCGACACUCGGUCCCUUUGUAACGCAGCCUGGGCCUUCGCCCACCUUGGCCUGAAGCACGAUGCCAUGAUGGACAUUGUUUCCGAAGAGACGUGCCGCAAGAUCUUCGAUUGUAGCGCUCAGCAGCUGGCAAUGUGCGCCUGGUCCUUUGCGAAGAUGUCCCGCCGAGAUCUCCAGUUGAUGCAAUCCUUGGCGGACGAAGCCGUGCAGCGGCUCGCGGAGUUCUCCCCGCAGCACAUCAUGAACACAGUCUGGGCGUGCGCAAAGCUGAACUUUCUCCAUGUCCGGCUCCUCGUCGCCAUAGCAGAUGCCGCACUGCCCUUGCUCGAGGAUUUCACACCGCAGCAUCUGUCGAUCACUGCCUGGGGAUUGGCGACGCUGGGCUUCCGGCAUCUUCCCCUCAUGGACGGCAUUGCCAAGGAGGUUCUGAUCAAUCUUCGCGCCUUCAAGGCUCAAAACAUCGCCAACACGGCCUGGGCAUAUUCCACGCUCGGCAUCUACCAACGCGACCUCUUCGACAAGCUUGCUGAUUUCUCCACACCACGGCUGCGCCACUUCAGCCCACAGAACCUCUCGAACUUGGUCUGGUCCUACAGCAACAUGCGCCUGAGGCACGAGGGCCUUUUCCAGGCUGUGGCCAAGGAAACUUGUGCCCGCAUUGAUGAGUUCGACCCGAAGGCCCUGGCAAUGCUGACAUCGUCUUUUGCGUCCAUGCGGGUGAGGCAUGAAGUUCUCUUCGAGGCAGUUCGGUGCGCUGCGGAAACGCGCCUUGACAGCUUUCAGGCCCGAGACUUGGAGAGUUUGGCCGUGGCCUUCGCCACGGCCCAGAUCCGUGCCGACAGCCUCUUCGAGGCGAUUGUGAGGCGAAGCCGGACGAUGCUGGCAGAUUUCAAUUCUUUGGACCUGGCAAACCUGGCUUUGGCACUCCGGACGAAGGCGUCCUGGGAAGACCCGGACACUGCGACGGCUGACCUCCUGUCCGACAUCGCCCGCCAUGCGAUCCCACAGUUGCGUGCCGGAAAUGCGCCGUCCCAGGCGCUGGUGGACUUUGCCUGGUCCUUCCGUGCACUCCCGUUGGCCAACUUGCAGGACUUCUGGACCGCCUGGUCGAGCGAGGUUUUGAGGAAGAUGUCUCGGCAUGACCUCCGCCACCUUGUGGCUCUGGAGGCCCUGUCCCCGGCUCCCACACGUGCCGCCGUGGGGCAGCAGCUUGGGCGUGUAACCCAUGCUAUGGAUUCCCCGCCCCAUGACUAA